AUGUACUCUCUGUACACAUUAGACAGAGAUGAUGAGAUGGAACUGGAAGAAGUGUCAGAAAUGAAAGAAACAAGGGGGCAGUCCUUCCCAAAUGAUCUCACUCUUAGCUAUGGUUCAACUGUUACCCUUCUGAGUGACAAACUACAGUUUCCAUCCUUCAUUCGUACUAUCCCUAGUGACUAUUUCCUCUUCCAUACUAUUGCCCAGCUGGUUAUUACAUUUAAUUGGACAUGGGUUGGUCUCAUCAGUGAGGACACAGAUUAUGGCCGAUCUGGCAGCCAAAUGUUAAUGCAACAGUUUGUUAUUGCUGGUAGGUGUAUAGCCUUUUCAGAAACUAUUCCAGCAACAUUUUCUAUUACUAAAAUCCAGAAUAUUGUUUCUGUAAUCAAGGAAUCCUCAGCAAAAGUAAUAGUUAUCAUUGCAUCUGAUGAAAGGGUAAUUCCACUCAUGGAAGAGCUUUCACAGCACAAUGUGACUGAAAAAGUCUGGAUUGCAACUGAAGGGUGGGCUCCAACUCCAAUGUUUUUAAGGAAAGACUUGUCAAAUGUUUUAAAUCUCACUAUAGCAUUUGGAGUGCAUAAGGCAGAAAUGCCAGGAUUUAAAGCAUUCCUUCUAAAGAUUCAUCCUUCAGACUCUCACAACUACAUUUUUGUAGAUUCAUUUUGGAAGGAAAUCUUUGGUUGCCAAUGGUUACAUUAUAACAGAAGCGUUGAACCAUAUGCUUCAUAUUUUAAUGACUCAAAUACCUGCACAGGGAAAGAGACACUGAGUGCAAAUGGCAUAGCAUUUUUCAAUGGCAAUGAUUUAAGAUAUGAGUACAAUGUUUAUAAAGCUAUAUAUGCUAUAGGGUAUGGUCUACAGAGCAUGCAUACAUGUAUUUCAGAAGGUAUAAAGACAAAUGGAAGCUGUGGAAAUAUCAGUGACUUUAAAGCUUGGCAGCUUCUUCAUCAUGUAAAAAAUGUUCAUUUCCGAACCAGCGCUGGUGAAGAUAUGUACUUUGAUGUGAAUGGUAAUCCUCCUCCUAUAUAUGAUAUAAUUAACUGUCAGCUGAGCUAUAAUGAGGCCCCAAGAUAUAUUGAAGUUGGAAAAUAUGAUGCCACUUCCAGUCCAGGCCAAGAGUUUAGUAUCAAUGAAAGCUUAAUCUUAUGGAGUGGCGGAAGUUCAAAGGUUCCCAAGUCUAUAUGUAGUGAAAGUUGCUCAACUGGAUAUAGAAAAGCCACCAUGGAAGGAAAGCCUAUAUGCUGUUUCCUCUGCAUUCCAUGCUCUGAGGGGGAAAUCAGCAAUGUAAGCGGUUCCAGUGAAUGUCAAAAAUGCCAAGUCGAUUACUGGCCUAACCAAAGAAGAGACAGAUGCAUUCUAAAAGAAACUGAGUUUUUAUCCUAUGAAGAGUUGUUGGGUGCAACCUUGGCCAUUACUGCUUGUAUUAGUGCAAUACUUCCACUUUCUGUUCUUGUAAUCUUCAUCAAAAAUCAUGAUACUCCAGUUGUGAAGGCCAAUAACCGUGAACUGAGCUACUUACUCUUACUUGCACUUAUAUUAUGUUUUCUUUCCUCAUUAAUUUUCAUUGGGCAGCCCACAAUGAUGACAUGUAUUAUGCGUCAGGCAGCCUUUGGUAUAAUAUUUACAUUUUGUAUAGCCUGUGUACUGGCCAAAACUAUUAUGGUUGUCAUAGCAUUUAAGGCAACAAAGCCAGGCAGUAGUUUAAGAAAGUGGGUUGGACAAAAGCUGCCAAACACUAUUAUUCUUGUUUGUGUUACACUUCAAAUUGUGAUCUGUGUUGUGUGGUAUAGCAGUGCAAGACCUUACCUGGAAAUAAAUACAACAUCAUACCUUAACAAGGUUAUAAUUGGGUGUAAUGAAGGCUCUACUUCUACUUUUUGGGGUAUGCUGGGUUACCUUGGUGUUUUGGCAAGUAUAAGCUUUGUGGUUGCUUUCCUUGCUAGGAAAUUACCUGCAUCUUUUAAUGAAGCUCAGUUCAUCACAUUCAGCAUGAUAAUAUUUGUUUGUGUUUGGCUGGCCUUCAUCCCUGCUUAUUUAUCCACAAAGGGAAAGUUUACUGUUGCUGUGGAGAUAUUUGCGAUUUUGACUUCCAGCUCUGGGUUGCUGUAUUGCAUAUUUUUUCCAAAAUGCUAUAUUAUAUUACUGAAACCUAACAAAAACAAGAAGCACAAUAUAUUAACUAAUUGAAAAGUAGAAACUAAAGGAACAUGAUAUAAAAAUAAAGUAUUUUGUGGAUUUUCAUGUUUAGUCAUUUGCUUUGUCAUAAAAUGUGCUGAUUACACUGUUAUGCAGACUUAAACAAAUGUGAUAACUGCACUUUACUAUUUUAAUAACUUAUAAUGAAGGAAUAAAUGUAGGCCAUAAUAUGAUUGCAUCAAAAAGUGAAGCAACCCCUUUCUUGUUCUGUUUACGUAAAUAUAUAUUAUCAGCUUCUUCAUCCUUUAUUGGUAACUACUUUACAUUAUUAAGGCUGUAUAGUUUAAUGCA